AUGUUGCCAACCCUCAAGGACCAGGUUUACCCUCAACAACAGCAAGCUCGAUCGAGUCAAGCUCCACAACAUGGGUAUGGUCCUAAAAACAACUACCAAGGCCCUCAAGGGACUUUUCCUGGUCAGCAAAUGCACAUACCACCUGGCUUUCCCCACCAACCACCCCAGCCUGCGCCUACACCUGAGCAUGAGCUCAAGGCUAUGCUGAAACAGUUGCUUCAAGGUCAAGGUCAAGCUGAUGGUGUUGUGGACACAAGCAAGAAGUUGGCUGAAAUCAACUCCAAGAUUGAGAAUCUCAACACAAGAGUGUACUCUCUGGAGAAUCAUGCUUCUUCUGUUGCUGCUGCUACAAAGCAAGGACAACUACCUGGUAAAGCUAUUCAGAACCCCAAGGAACAGUGCAAGGUCAUCUUCACUCAAGAAGGGCUUGAUGAAGAAGAGGAUCAAGAGAGAGUCAUGGAAGAGUUUUGUUUGCUGCUGAAUGAUGACGAGAUUGUUGCUGCUGAGGCUCCUGGAGUCCAGAAUUGA